AUGACGAAGACACCAUGCAAUAUCGAAGGUCUAAAGAAGGGUGCAUGGACUACUGAAGAAGAUAAAAAACUCAUUGAUUGGAUCAAAGAACACGGUGAGGGUGGAUGGCGCACCCUACCACAAAGAGCAGGUUUACAAAGAUGCGGAAAAAGUUGCAGAUUAAGAUGGACUAAUUAUCUCCGACCUAAUAUCAAGAGAGGAGAGUUUAGUCAACAAGAAAAGCAAACCAUCAUUCAACUCCAUGCUGCUAAUGGGAACAAGUGGUCCUUUAUAGCUAGACACUUACCAGGUAGAACAGAUAACGAAAUUAAAAACUAUUUGAACACACACAUCAAGAAAGAGUUGGUUAAGACAUGUGUAGGUCAUAUGACUCAUAAGUUUGUUAACCUAUCUCCUGGUAGCUCGUCAACACCUAGCACUAGUAAUGCUUUUGUUAUGGACCAUGAGCACAUUUUGCUACAUCAGUCGUCCAAGUCCAUUUCAUUAUCUGCCAAGUUGCUUAAUAAAGUAGCAACCAAGCUUGCUCCUACUAUCACUCAUGUUGUUCUAUCUAAACUAAUAGAAGGACAUGAUGGUUGUAAAGGAGGACCAAAAAUGCUUACUUCCACUUCCACUUCUAGGCUUCUCAAUAAAAUGGCCACAAACCUCACUUGCAUUAAACAAACCUUAUCAAAAUCUAUAGAAAAUGGCCUUCUUAAUGAUGCCCAUUGUAGCAGUGGCUAUGCAAGUGAUGAUAUGGGCAAUGGAUUUUAUGCGGAAAACUCUUUAUCUUCAUCUACAUCAAACUUAUCAGACAGUGCGUUACAAGAGAUGUCAGUGGCUACUACAAGUCUUUUGUCUUCGUGUUAUAAUUUCGAUCAUCUUGACAUGACAUUGCAAAAUUGUUGGGAAGGGGUCUCUAAAAAAAAUGAUGUUGUUGAGCAAGACUUUGACAUGAACUACGGUAAUAUUGUGACUCCUAUGUCUACAAUAAACUUGUUGGAAGGACAUGAUCAAUAUUCAAGGUUAGAAACCAUUAACUUUGAAGAAGACAAUAAUGUUAAAGAAGACUGGACAAACUUUUUUCUUGAUAAAUUUGAUGAGCAAUUGCCCGCCAUGAGCAGAGAUGAUAGCAACAUGAUCAAUUAUGUUGGUCAUGACAGCAGUAUUGAUCAAGAUAAUAAUAUUUGCCACUGGACUGAUGAUUUUGAUUUUAAAAACUGUGCAUUGUCGAGUUAUGAUUCACUCGAUUCUCUAUUGUCCUUUGGCACUGAUGAUGAUAGAGUGACUACCUCUAUUCUACCUUACUAUAAUUAUGAGAAUCUCGAGUAA